AUGCUGAAUUUGAAAGUGGCCUUUUUUUUAAGCGCCUGCAUUUUGUUGUUCCCUCGGUAUGGUGCCAGGAGGGAUGUACGAUCAAAUAAGGACACACCUGAUCCUUCGUCCUAUGUGUAUAAAUCAUUAGAAGGGACGCAAUUGAACCCAUGGGGUUGGGAAAAUAGCAAAACGGGAAAACUGUUUGGCGGUAGUGCAAAUAAAGAGAAUAACAAUAAGGAGGGAGAGACCCAAUUUUCCCUUCUUUGUUGUGCUAGGAAAGGAAUUUCCUGUGAGGGAUACAACCUCCCCAGUGAAAACAUGUGUGCCUUGCCAGAAUACCGAAAUGCGAAUCUAUGUGGUAGCGCCCAUGACAGAAUGAUCCAACAGAAUGAUGUCUAUCCUUAUCGCUUCAGCGAUGGUAAGGCUUCCCCCCUUUUACACACAAAUGCAGGAACGACGAAACAGAUGAGCAAGGGGGGUGAACACAAAUUUCAUCAGCUACUUUUUCUUUUAAGAAAUAUCAUAUCCUCUAAAAUGGAACCGAGGCAGGAGAUGAUACAAGGAAGGCAUAAAAACUACAUCGCAGUUAUGGAAAGUGUAAAGAAUAAAUUCGUUUCUAAAUUUUUGGAGGACGAAAGGAUGAAGAGAAAUGUAGGCACCUAUCACAUGUGGUACGAAGAAGGAACUUCCAGACUGUUUGCUUACCAAGAAGAAGUAAAAAAAAUAAUGAGUAGAGCGAGAAAAAACCGCAUAUUAGUUGAGGCAUGUACACUGGAGUGUGGAGAUAAUGGCACAUGUGAAAUGAAUUCAGGACUUCAGUACUGCGAUUGCAAAGUGGGUUAUUCAAUGGAUAUACAAGAUAAUUUUAUGUGUAAAGAACAUUGUGAAGUGAAUAAUGGGGGGUGCGAUCCGAAUGCGGUGUGCACUCCUGUAAAACCUGAUGAAGAACAAAAUAAAGGAGUCAUAAAAAACGUUGGUGUUCUUUGCACAUGUAACAAUGGCAACACGAAGCAUAUGGGGUAUUACUGCAACUCUGGUUAUUUCACGAGCCUUAAUCUUCUCCUGCUGCUCUUGUUGCUUCUCUACUGGUGUCACUGA